AUGGCAAAGCUGGCUGCAGUACUUACAGUGAUGGCAUUAGCAAUGGCAGUCUCAAACGCAGAGGAAGAUGCAGUGAAGGCAAUGACAACGGCACCAAGGAGAAGUAGCAGGUUUCUUGAUGAGAUAAUAAUGGGCAACGGAGGAAGGAGCAAGAGAUGCAGGCCUCACCUUCAUAUCUGCGACAAGGAUGAUGUUAUUGGCUAUCUCAAAUCUCGCUGCUGUGACUUCCAUUGUACCAAUGUCUUAACAGAUCGCAACAACUGUGGAGGAUGCCUCACUGUGUGCUCUUUUGGUUUUCAAUGCUGCAAUGGGCGGUGCCUCAAUGUGGCUUACGAUAAAAACCACUGUGGCAGUUUCAUGGGUGAUAUAGUUUGUUAUGUUCUCUUGGUGGGAAUUAUCAGGGAACUUCAGAGUUUGUUAGAUCCUACUGUUCAGUGA